GGAUACAUCCGUCAGUUUCUGUUGGUAAACUUGACAUGUUUAAGGAGCUGGGAGUGUGUGCGCCCGGAGGCAGAGCUGGUUUUGGUGGUUUCUACCCAGGCCAAUGUGACGACAUCACCGCCUGUACUCCAUAAAGACGGCAGAAAAUCGCUGGUUUAAAGAGCCUGACAAGGGGCGGGGCUUCUUCCUCUAUCAGCAGUGUUACAUCUACAAGUAGCUGCUGAUUGGUGGAGAACGAGGGUUCCCGCUUUCAAUUGGCUGCUUGCAGUGUCAGUCAUCGUGUUGUGGAAGAAGCUUAAAAACAUUAAUCUCUGCACGGCAGCCAUUUUUUUUUUUCCUGCUAUGUUGGUUCGGACGGGGGGAGCAGAACCAAGCUAGAGACAGCUGAAUCUGGAUAUUUAACAGUUUGAAGUCCGGGAUCAGAACCUCGUCGGGUUCGGUCCAGGUCGCGGUUUCAGUUUGCCCAGAAGGAAGAAUUGUUUCUUGUGUUUCAGUUCACGGGGCUAAGCUAGCUGUUAACCCCGGCCCGGGUAGAUGAAAUAACCGAACACAAGCCCAUCAGAACCGGAUGGUGGUUCAGUUCUCAUGCAACACGGCUGCGGGUCGGGGAGGACGCUUCCCAGCCAGAACCGAAUCUGCUCCAGAGGGAAUAAAUCUCAGCCUGUCGGCCCCCUCUGGAACUCUGUUUGGUCCAGAUACUUUGAUCCGAACUGACUUCAGCUGUCCACAGCGGGGCAAGAAUGAUCAAACUCUGUGAGUCAAUGUUCCGGACAGUUCUGCAAUUCCGAAAACGGGUUCUGUGUCUGUCCGCAGAGCUUUGGUUCGGUGUGUUCAGGUAAACGAACCGGACCCUAAUCAGCUGUUUGGAUCAAAACGUGGUUUCCGUUCAUCAGAGACAGUUACGGACUCACAAACACACCCCAAGCCUCAACAUUUGGACUGAAAAUGGGCCCAGAAGCAAGACUGGUUCUGACUAUUCUCCUCAUCUCCUGCUGCUCAGGUUCGAUCCUGGGUCGCUCAGAGACUCACAGAUGUGUUCACUACAGCCACAGCUCGUCCUCGUCCUUCCCGUCAGAUCCGGAGAGUCCAGAAGACGGCAGCACGGUCGAGAUCUGCUCUGGAGAGGAGGACAAACGGCUGCAUUGCUUCUCCACCUGGAAGAACAUCUCCGGAAAGGUUAAGGUGGUCCAACAGGGCUGCUGGCUGGAUGACCCCAGCUGUUACAACAGGAGUGAGUGUGUGGAGAGGGCGGAAGCUCCUGAAGUCUUCUUCUGUUGCUGUGACGUCAGUUUGUGUAACCUGAAGUUCUCCCACAGACCCAGCAUCACCGGGCUGCCGACCACACCAACCAGUGCCCCGCCCCAGCUACCAGUGGAGCCUCUGAUCGCCUCCAUGGUGUCCAGCCUGGCCGUGAGCGGCGCAGUCCUGCUCUCCUUCUGGGUGUACAGGCGGCACCGGCGGCCCUAUCCACCUGUCCUGCUGCCCACACAGGACCCUGGUCCAAUGCCCCCCUCCCCCAUCUUAGCUCAUAGGCCUGUGCAGCUGCUGGAGGUCAAAGCCAGGGGCCGCUUUGGCUGUGUGUGGAAGGCUCAGCUGCUCAGUGAACAGGUCGCCGUCAAGAUCUUCCCCAUCCAGGAACGUCAGUCGUGGCAGACAGAGUAUGAGAUCUACAGCCUGAGUGGGAUGAGACACGAAAACCUGCUGCUGUUCAUCGGAGCCGAGAAGAGGGGCUGCAACGCUGAGCUGGAGCUGUGGCUCCUCACUGCGUACCAUGACAAGGGCUCAGUGUGUGACUACCUGAAAGCUAACGUUCUGUCCUGGUCUGAGCUUUGCCUCAUUGCUCAGACGAUGUCUCGAGGUCUGGCCUACCUGCAUAAGGACAUACCUGGACACAAACCUUGCAUUGCUCACAGGGACUUUAAGACUAAGAACAUCCUGCUGAAGUCUGACCUGACGGCUUGCAUUGCUGACUUUGGCCUCGCUCUGAGAUUUGAAGCUGGAAAAUCUUCGGAGGCGGCCCACAGACACGUGGGGACCCGGCGCUACAUGGCCCCUGAGGUCCUGGAAGGGGCCAUCAAUUUCCAGAGAGACGUCUUUCUGAGGAUAGACAUGUACGCUGUGGGCCUGGUGCUGUGGGAGCUCGUCUCGCGCUGCAAAGCUGCUGACGGUCCUGUGGAUGAGUACAUGCUGCCCUUUGAGGAGGAGGUGGGCCAGCAUCCAUCUUUGGAGGACAUGCAGGAGGUUGUGGUCUUUAAGAAGUUGAGACCGACGCUAAGGGAGUGUUGGCAGAAACAUGCAGGUCUCGCUCUGCUCUGUGAGACCAUUGAGGAGCUCUGGGAUCAAGAGGCCGAGGCUCGGCUGUCGGCCGGUUGUGUGGAGGAACGUGUGGUGCAGAUGCAGCGGCAGAACAACGUCACGGCUCCCGAGGACCUUGUCACGGUUGUUACCAUGGUGACCAAUGUGGACUACCCCCCAAAAGAGUCUGGCCUCUGAUGAGGACCAUGACCUCCAUCUGCAGUUGGAGCGCUGUCUCAAACUUAUGACAUCACGCUGGCACAACAGAAUAAGACUUUUGGAUGAGGACGAUGAUUAUGAUGGUGGACAAACCAAGUUCUGGUUCAUCUCCUGUUUGCCUGAUUGAUGCAGCUCCUGAUCCGGUGACAGUCGGACAUCUGUCAGAUACCCUGAGGGGCGUUGGGGUAACACUAAUCUGCGGUGGAAUCAGAGGAGGGAACGUGCCGUCCCUUCGGUGUCCAGGUGAACUAUCGGCCACAUGUCAAUCAUCUGCAAGCAGAUGGUCUCUGCAGAGAAUCGCUGCUAAACAUUUCUGUGAACCCACCUGAAGAACCUUCAUAUUGUUGUUGAACGUUUGCUGCUCAAUUGAAUUGAAAACAGACCCAUUUGGUGUUUCAGGACCAGCAUCUCAGGACGUCUUCAGAUGUUUUAGAACUAAAUUAUUUAUUGAUGAUCUGAGAAAACAGCUGACUUUAUUUUAUAGUUUUAAUACAAUCCACUAAGUCUGUGACAAAACAAUCCAUGUUUCCAGUGUUUGUAAAAUAAUAAAAACACAGUUUUUAAGA